UCACUGGCUGAGACAGACGCUCAGUUCUCCAGCCUUCAUCCGCACACACAGCUCACAGGAAAAAUAAAAUAAACAUUUGGAUACAGACAAGACUCAUUUGAUACAGGAGAAGAAGACAUCUGGAGGAACUGAGGUGGCAAAUACUUGCCAUUGAGUCUGACAACUGAGACACUAAGAGCCACUGCCAUGGGAAAUGCCACCAGCAGCGCGAUAUCAAAGGAGAUCCUGGAGGACCUGAAGCUCAGCACCAAGUUUACUGAGACAGAAAUCUGCCAGUGGUACGAGAACUUCCAGAAGCAGUGUCCCACGGGUCGCAUCACACCAGAAGAGUUUGAGGAGAUCUACACCCGCUUCUUCCCAGAAGCUGAUGCCAAGAGCUAUGCCAGGCAUGUGUUUCGCUCCUUCGACACCAACGAUGACGGCACCUUGGACUUCAAGGAGUACAUCAUCGCACUGCACAUGACCUCCACUGGGAAGACCACCCGGAAACUGGAGUGGGCCUUCUCGCUGUUUGAUGUGGACAAGAAUGGAUACAUCAACAAGACAGAAGUAAAGGAGAUAUGUCAGGCUAUAUUUAAGCUCAUCCCAGAGGAGGAGCAGAAGAAGCUACCAGAGGAUGAGAACACCCCUGAGAAGAGAGCCAACAAGCUGUGGGCUUACUUCGAUAAGAAAGAUAACGAACGACUGGCUGAAGGUGAAUUCAUCAAAGGAGUGAUUGAAAAUGAGAAUGCGAUGCGUCUGAUCCACUAUGAACCGAUGAAGCAGUGAAGGCAUUCAUGUUCAUACUUUCUCCCUUUGUACAUCCUUUUUUAAUCUUCCCCACUUUCCUUCAGACGUUCCCUCGGUUCUUGUUUUAACCCUUCUGGCCCUGUGUGUAAAUAUUCUCUGCUUGCAGUAUUUUGGUUGCAACUAACUUUUCAGUAAGUUUUCAAUUUUGUUCCAUUGUCAGUGAAUAUAUAUUAGAGGCUCUUAUAUACAAAGCAUCAGUGUUUUAAGAUGUGUACAACCAAAAGGGCGAUUUAGAGCAAAAGCAUAUGCACAUAUAAAGCUAAAAUAAAUGCAUUGUUAGGUAUAACGGAUGCUGUGUCCCAGUAAAAUUUUAAACAAGUUAAAAAAAAUUGAUUCUGGAGAAAUUGUUCAAGGAAAUUAUCAAAGUAUCAUAGCACACUGUUAGCUUGUUCUAGCUUUUUUACAGACUAUGAAAAAUACUGAUUGAAGUUGUAGCUCUCGAGUGUUGCUCUUUAUUCACUGGACAAUGAAUUAAAGGUUUUCUCAUACAUCUGUUGUUCGGAAAUCGAUUUAUUUAUCCGUCCGAUAAAUUCCACUCUGACCCAGAAACACACUUUAGACUGUAAUGAUUGGGGCUGACAAAAAAUGGUGCUUAAGGCUUCAAGUAGUAUUCAAUUGUAUUAAUCUGUGACAGAAAAUCCAGGAUUAUCUCAAAAGUGUAACCUACAGAUAUUAAAGGUAAAUGUAUCUAUGCUGAAAUCGCUUUAUAAAGGAUGGCUGCGAUGAUUGUGCGUUACACACAGGGACUAUUUGAUUGUCUCUCCUAAAACCAUUGUUUUCCAGAUGUUUUCAUGCUGCAGAUGUUAAAGUGUGUAUGUCAGUAACUGUGCGUGCCAGUAUCUCUUUCCAACUUUCAUUCUGUCCCCUCACAACCCGCUCCUCUCUCCGUCCCUUCACAUCUCUCCUCUCUUUUCCGCCUUCGUUCCAUCCAACUCGGGAUUACUGGUUUACACAUAAUCUUCUGUUCAACAUGAGAGAGCAGACUUUUCAAAAUCUCUGUAAUCUUUUUAUCUCUACGGGUUUGUCUGUC